CGCAGCGCCCUCCCCGGGGCGGAGGGGAAGUGACGCUGUGGCCGGGAAGAUGGCGGCGGCGCCGGCGACAAUCCCGUCUUCGACUCCCACUUCGGCCGCGGCGGCUCUCGGGGAGGUGGAAGAUGAAGGGCUCCUGGCGUCGCUGUUCCGGGACCGCUUCCCGGAGGCCCAGUGGCGGGAGCGGCCCGACGUGGGCCGCUACCUCCGGGAGUUGAGCGGCUCCGAGCUGGAGCGGCUGCGACGCGAGCCAGAGCGCCUGGCGGAGGAGCGGGCGCAGCUCCUGCAGCAGACCCGCGAUUUGGCCUUCGCCAACUACAAGACCUUCAUCCGCGGCGCCGAGUGCACGGAGCGCAUCCACCGCCUCUUUGGCGACGUGGAGGCGUCGCUCGGCCACUUGCUUGAUCGCUUGCCCAGCUUCCAGCAGAGCUGCAGGAACUUUAUGAAAGAGGCUGAAGAGAUCAGCUCUAACCGCCGGAUGAACACCCUGACUCUACACCGGCACACAGAGAUUCUGGAGAUCCUGGAGAUCCCCCAGCUCAUGGACACAUGUGUCCGGAACAGCUAUUUUGAAGAAGCCCUGGAGCUUGCAGCCUAUGUACACCGAUUGGAAAGGAAAUACUCCUCCAUCCCUGUCAUCCAGGGCAUUGUGAAUGAAGUGCGCCAGUCCAUGCAACUGAUGCUGAGCCAGCUGAUCCAGCAACUGAGGACCAACAUUCAGCUCCCUGCCUGCCUCCGGGUUAUUGGCUUCCUGCGGCGCAUGGAUGUAUUCACAGAGGCUGAGCUGAGAGUGAAGUUUCUUCAGGCCCGUGACGCUUGGCUCCGUUCCAUCCUGACUGCCAUCCCCAAUGAUGAUCCCUAUUUCCACAUCACAAAAACCAUCGAGGCCUGCCGUGUCCAUCUGUUCGAUAUCAUUACCCAGUACCGUGCCAUCUUCUCAGACGAGGACCCGCUGCUGCCCCCUCCCAGGGGGGAGCACACCGUGAAUGAGAGUGCCAUCUUCCAUGGCUGGGUUCUGCAGAAAGUCUCGCAGUUCUUGCAGUUACUGGAGACCGACCUUCACCGGGGGAUAGGUGGCCGCCUGGACUCUCUGCUGGGCCAGUGCAUGUACUUCGGGCUGUCCUUCAGCCGGGUGGGGGCUGAUUUCCGGGGCCAGUUGGCUCCUGUUUUCCAGCGGGUGGCCAUCAGCACUUUCCAGAAAGCAGUUCAGGAAGCGGUGGAGAAGUUCCAGGAUGAAAUGAAUUCCUACACCCUCAUCUUGGCUCCAGCCAUCCUGGGCAGCAGUAACCUGCCUGCUGCUGUGCCAGUUGCUCAGCCAGGGACCCUGCAGCCACCCAUGGUGCUAUUAGACUUCCCACCACUUGCCUGCUUCCUCAACAAUAUUCUGGUUGCCUUCAAUGAUCUGCGCCUUUGCUGCCCGGUGGCCCUGGCACAGGAUGUGACCAGGGCCCUAGAGCAGGCCCUUGCCAAGGUAACCAAAAUAAUCCUGGCCUUCCAUCGUGCGGAAGAGGCUGCCUUCACCAGCGGAGAGCAAGAACUCUUCGUCCAGUUCUGUACAGUCUUCCUGGAAGACCUUGUUCCAUAUUUAAAUCGCUGUCUCCAAGUCCUUUUUCCACCAGCUCAGAUAGCACAGACCUUAGGCAUUCCACCCACUCAGCUCUCCAAGUAUGGAAACCUUGGCCACGUCAACAUGAGCGUCGUCCAGGAGCCUCUCGCGUCUGUCCUGCCGAAGAGAGAGACGGUCUUCUGUCUAGAUGAAAAGGAGGUGGUGCCUGAGCUCGCCGCGCCGGAACUCCCCACGGAGGAGCCAGGGCUGGACCCUAGAGGCGAGCAGGUGGUGUGGCAAGCCAGCGGGUGGGCAGCCCGCAUCAUCCAGCACGAGAUGGACCACUUGCAGGGCUGCCUGUUCAUCGACAAAAUGGACAGCAAGACCUUUACAAACAUCCACUGGAUGGAGGUGAAUGACUAACACUUUCCUGCUGCAUCUGAGGAUUCUGGAAACUAAGAUGCUUCGACUUUGAGCUGGGUAUAUCUUACUUGGCAACAACUUAGCAUUCGCUCAGCUGACAGAAAUUUGUGCACUACCAAAGCCAGCCAGACCAGGUCGGAAGGUGUUUGAAAUGUUUAACCUAAAAUGAACUGUAGGCAAAAUAUUGCCUUCAAUUUGAGAAGAAAAUGCUCUGCUAAAGGAGUGGACACUUUCUGAUGAUAACCCCACUUAGUAGACAUAAUUUCAGAAGACAUGUCAUCUAUUCUCAAAGCCGAGAUUUGAUGAUAAUGUCGUCACCAAAUAUCUGAAAGCUGUGUUUGAAAAUGUUAAGGUUAAAGCUGUGUUUGACCAUCUUCUGAGUGUUAUUUUUAUAAAGGGCUUGUGCGUGACUUACCUGUGGGGUCCUUUUUUGCCUGGGAUACCAGUUUGCUUGUGGAAGGGGCCUCCCUGGUGGUGCAGGGGUUAAAGACAGCACUGUCGAGCUGUUGCCAGCCACUGCAGCAUGAGUUUGAUCCCCAGUUGGCCAGGGAGCUGACCCAUAUGGCGCGGCAGACCUCUCCUGUCUCACCCGCUGCUCCCCUCAGCAGUGUAUUUCAGUAGAUCUGCCUGUUCUGCUCCCCAGCUCUGUAUUUGGUGAAUCCUGUCUCCUCCCUCGCACCUCUGGCCUGCACCCAAGUUCUUGUAUGCAUAAAUAAGUAAAUCUUUAAAAAAAAAAAAAACAGAAUUGCCCCAGUUCACGGCAGUGUUUAAUGGCAUUAAUGUAAGUGAAUACCCACACAUUUUAACAUUUUGCCAUCCACCUUUAAGAGACAUGGGGAGAUUUUCCUGCUGAGAACUUUUGGACAAGUGGUACUUGGCUCCUCCUUUGGACGGAGGCCAUGGAGCAGGAGGGGUGAUAGUUGAGAGAGAGCAGUGAGUCUCUGCCUGUCACAAUUAGAAAGCAGCCACAUGUGCUUCCUGGUCACCAUACUAAUUUUGGGAAAAUUAAUUAGCAUUUUGCUAUCAGUAUUUACCCUUAAGACACUGUCAGAGCGGUAUCAAGAGGUGAAGGAACUUGUUUCUUUGGUACUUGUCCUCAGCUUGUCUAAGUUUUUAACACAUGUACUCUUUCCAGAGUCCUCAAAAUUAAACUCAUUCCCCAAAUUUUAAAACUCAUUUCCAUGAAAUAAGAAACCCAUUAAGAGAAAAAGUGUUUUAAACAGACCCAGGAGAGACCCACUAUGCUGUAUGGCUUUCUUUAGACAAGUCCAGGGGCCUGGAAGGCCAAGCAAAAGUGAGCUGGUUCUCCAUGCAUUAAACUUGGCCACUGGGGAAGCAUGUAGAAACUUUUAUCCUGAAAACAGGGAUCCUUAUGGAAGUUAGAAUUCAGUGUUCCUUCUUCCCCAUGGACAAUGUGCAGAAGUGCCUGCAGGGUGGCACCAGAACUCCCUGAUGUGACCUUACAGUACACAGGUUGAGUCCUUAGUAACACCUCUGUAAUGCAGAUCAGCAGUGUCUGCUUGCUGCUUCCUGGCCCUGUGGCCCAAGAAUAAAUGACUGCUCAGCGUGGACCUCAGAAAGCCUGGAGACUACAAACAUCCACUUUAUGUUGACCAUCUUCCCAGCGUUCUUAUUUUUAUAAACGGCUCGUGCGUGACUUACCUGUGGAGUCCUUUUUUGCCUGGUAUCCCAGGCAAAACAUUGCUGACGGGAUAUGAGAUUUGGCUAUAACCAAAUCCACAUCAGGAAGGACACCAUCAACUAGCUCAAGACAAUACAGCCCAAAGGCCACCGAUCCUUGCAUUUCCAAUACAGAAAACCUCUUCCAUCUCAGGCCGGGACCAGCCACAAAAAUUACACGCACAAAUAGCAUCUUCAGCAUGUGAAAGAAACCAAUUUCCAAUGAAAGCCAAUGUGGGCAGGCUUUCCAGGUGGGGAAGAAAUGAAUUUAAGAAUCUGCACACAGAGGAGGCCAUGCCUCUGCCUGUAUGAGCUCUGCUUCAGGUGGUAAGGCCAGAGCGUCAGCCUGAGGUUGGUUCAGCCUCCUUAUGAACAGCACAUUCACUGGUGGGGAAGUGAGAGGGAGGAAAAGCAGGGCGCCUGUGGGAACUGCAAUGAGAGCUGAGGAUAAACCCCAGUAGCAAUAAAAUUUCUGUU